CUGAGACUUUAGACGUUUCGCGACUGUUGCACAGUACGAACGUGAAUUACUAACAAAAAACAUCAAAAAAAAUUCUUUAGCUUUCAUUUUUCGCUAUUUAUCGGUAAAUUUUAUUUUUUCGUGAGUGUUAUUUUUCAUCCGUAUGGAAUCCAAGAUGGAAAAAGAUCCCCAAUCUUUAGUGGUUCAAAUGAAACCGGAAUACGCUUCGUCGGAAGUUUAUUCGACAGUUGGCAGUGAAGCUCCUCCGGCAUACGUCAAACGUCAAGCGAAUUCGGUGAAAAUUGCAAAAAUUAUCGCCGCUACCAUCAUCUUGUCGUCCUUCAUCUUGGGCGGAUUCAUGUUGGCAUCUACUUAUAUGCAAAGUCGCGCCAUGUGCGACCAAAUGCAAACGCUCGAGAAUGCCUUGGAUAAGGAAAUUAUGUUGGAGAUGUUGGCACAAGACAUCCCAAAAGCUGCCGCAUUACAAGGACGAGAUAUCAGCGACAACGAUAUUGAAAAUGACAUCGAAAAACCAUCGCGCAAAGAUAAGGAUGUUAAGGAAACAAGUUCCUCUGACUCAUCGUAUUCCGACAGUGAUGAAAGUCAAGAUAUGAAUCGUGUGCAAUUCAAGUUGCCACUCGACAUCGAUUUGAAUGAAUUGGCCAGUAAAUUCAUGCAAAACCAAAACCAAAAAACAAAAAUGAACUGCGUUGUCGAAAGACGUCGUGCCGAAGAAUUGCAAGAUGGAGCUCCCGCCAAGAUGGUUCAAUUGCCUUUCGGAAUCAACUUACAAACGGAACAAAAACCAAAACGCGUCGUUACAGGAGAACGUAUUGCCAUCGUUUGCGAAAGCAAUGUUGAGCCUGAACAAGAAGAAGAACGUGAAGAGCCCGAAAUCCAUAUUCGUCAAUUCAUUGUUCCUUUCCAUCAACCACAGCAAAUGCCAAUUCCUUAUGGACGUAUGCCAAAUCCCGGAAUGGGACCUUUGACACACAUGCCAAUGCGCGUCGAGCCUCCUCGUGAACAACAACCGCAUCCAAUGAUGGCUCAAAUGCAAUCUGCUGGCCCGCAGCAACUUCCUCCUUUCUUGCGUGAAAUCAUCGCUUCGCAACUCGGACAAUUGCAACAACAAUCAGCACGUCAAGAAUUGCCCAUUCCUCCGCAAAUUAUGCAAGCGCCUCCCGUUCAACAACCCCAAUUGAGAAUUUUCCAUGCCAUUCGUCAAGAACCCGAAAUGCCUCAAAAUCAGCAACAACAAAAUCAACCUGAAGUUCGUAUCCAAUUGCAUCGCAUUGCAAUUCCCGGACCAAUUCGCAUCGCUGAACAAUCCAUCGAUCGUGACGAACAACCCGAAGCACAACAACAAGAGCCCGAACAACGUCAACCUGAACAAGGUCGUAUGCAAUUGCAUCCCGUUCCAUUGAACGUUGCUCUUCAACGUGCCGGCAUUACGCCCGAAGACCUCAUGAACAUCCAAAAGAUCGCCGAAACGAAUUUCCGUCGUGAGAUGAGUCGUUACAUUCAAGAUGAAAUCGAUGAGGAAUCUGACUCCAGCGAAAGUUCCGACGAAGAGAAUCGUCCUCAAAUCAUCCAAAUCGGAGGACAAGCUGAAGAAGAAAAAAAUACCGAAAACACUGAAUCGAAUAACGAACAAAAACCCGAUACAGUUCCCGCUGAAGCAGAAAAUGCGCCACAAAACCCAAAUAUUCUUCCCAUGGGACGUUCAGGAUAUGCUCGCAGUUUAUUGCAACCUGUCAACAUUCCGGUACAAAUGAUGCCUAAAGGAGAAAAUGUUGCUGCUGUUGCUCCCGAAGACUCCGCAAAGACGUCUGAAAACUAAGAUUUUAACGAUUUUUCACAAUUUCCUUUAAAAACGUUUCUUUCUUAUGUUUUUUUUAAAAAUAUUUAUAGUUAUCCGUCCAAAAUCUGUUUUAAAGUACAUAAUACAAAAUAUAUGAGUAAAAACCUGAUUGGAUACAAUCACAAACACACAAGAAUUACCGAUUUCUAAUCAUUAUUUCUAAAUUGUUAUCAAUUAAAAGUUUGCAAAAAUUGUAAAAAAACCACCCAAAAAUGUGAUGAAUAAAAGUUAUUAUUAAAAAAUUGUAAUUAAAAGGAUGUGUAAUGUAAAAAGUUAUUAGUUAAUCGUUACAUGAGAGAACAGUCGAUAUCGAAAAACUAACCUGAAGUCACCAUCGCGGAGACGAAUCUCAAAUUUUUUCGAAAAAUUUAUUUUUUAUUUAAUCCAAGUAGAUGUAAACGAUUCAAAAAUAUUUCAAUAAAGUGUCUUGUUCUGAUAUUUUGGGAUCCAAUAACAA